AUGACGAGGGUUCUCAUCGGAGUGUCAGGAUCCGUGGCGGCGAUCAAGUUCGACGAGCUCGCGCGCGAGCGGUGGAGCGCGAGCGGCGAGUGUGAGGUUCGGUUCGUGUUCACAGAUAACGCGUUGAAGUUCAUCGAUGCGGAAGAUAUCGCACGAGCGGAAGAAAAUAACAUAAAAACUUUCACCGAUCACGACGAGUGGCGUGAAUGGGGCGAAAAGGGCGAUCCCGUGAUGCAUAUCGAGUUGGUCAAGUGGGCUGACGUCUUCGUCUUGGCGCCACUCAGCGCAAACACCCUGGCUAAAAUCGCCAACGGGUUGUGUGAUAAUCUCCUCACGUGUGUAUUUCGCGCGUGGGAUUUUAAAGACCCCGCCAAACGCGUGUUCAUAGCGCCCGCGAUGAACACAAAGAUGUGGGAGAGCCCGUUCACCGAGCGACAUUUGCGCUCGGCGCGCGAGCUCGGCGUCGUCGUCGUUCCGCCGAUCGAGAAGCACCUCGCGUGCGGUGACUUUGGCGUCGGCGCCAUGGCGGAGGUCUCCACCAUCGCCGAAGUCGUGCGGUCGCCUCCGGCGUAA